CACCGCCCCCGCGCGCCGCAAUCCCGGCCGGACCCUCUCCGUCGUGGCCGUGGCCGUGCCGGUGGCUCUGGCGGCGGCGGCUCCGGGCGCGCAGAGGGCAGCGGGCGUCCCUCGCCCGUGGCCGUGUCCAGCAGCCCGCGCUGGGACCCGGAGGCCAGGCGGCGGCUGGCAGUGCCCGGCCCUCCUCCUCCUCCUCCUCCUCGUCGCCAGCCCCGGGCGACUGCGGACUCCGGGCAGCCGAGCGGACGGCGGGCGAUGGCGAGAUAGCGGCGCGGGAGCGGCCGGGCCGACCACGCUGGACGGAGGAUGGACAUGGCCUCGUGUUUAGGACGACCGACCCGGAUGGCGGCCAGCGAAGGGAUGAGGCUGACUUCACAUUUCCGGUCGUUCCUGUCCACAUUUAUUCUGCUGUAUUUAAUGAAUCAAGUAAAUAGCCAGAAAAAAGGCGGCCCCCGUGACCUGAAGUGUGUAACCAGCGAUUUGCACGCGUGGGACUGCUCUUGGAGAGCGCCCUCGGGAGCGGGCCGCGGUGCUCUUUACGAUGUUUGCCUCCAAAACGGGUCCCAUUCUUCUUGUUAUCAAUUGGGGAAAACAAGUACUAAAAUCCCACCUCUUAAUCCUGGGCAAUAUGAAAUAACGAUAAGGCCUCUACAUGACUUUGGAAGUUCUAUAAGCAAAUUCAUGCUAAAUGAAAAAAAUGUGUCCCUCAUUCCAGACCCUCCGGAGAUCCUGCGUUUGUCUGCCAAUUUCUCAACUUCUACGUUACACCUGGAGUGGAGUGACAAGGGCUCAGCUUUUCCCCGUCACGCAAAUGUCAUUUGGGAAAUUAAAGUCCUACGGAAAGAGAAUCUGGAACUCGUGAAAUUAGAGACCUACAACACAACCCUGAACAUGAAGGACACAGUCCUCCGCUGGAGCUGGGCCUCGGACCUGCCCCUGGAGUGUGCCACGCACUCCGUGGGCCUGCGGCGCUACAUCGACGACGCGCACUUCUCUGGCCGCCAAGAGUGGAGCGACUGGAGCCCCCUGCAGAGCGUUUCCUGGUCUACUGAUAUUCAGAAUAAGGUUUUUCCUCAAGACAAAGUGGUACCUGUGGGCUCAGAUGUAACAUUCUGUUUUGUGACUCAAGAAGAAGUGUCAUCAGCACAGAUCAGCUACGCAAAGUAUCCCCUUAUUCAUCUCGACAGGAAAAAUGUGGCGAUCAAGGUCCAUAACAUUUCUGCUUCUAUAAGCAGUGGAACAAACGUGGUUUUCAUGACAAACAAAGACAUGUAUGGAACAGUUAUUUUUGCAGGAUAUCCACCUGAUAUUCCUCAAAAGCUGAACUGUGAGACCUAUGACUUAAAAGAGAUUAUCUGUACGUGGGACCCAGGAAGGCCGACGGCUUUGGUGGGCCCGCGCAGUACAAGUUACACUUUGUUUGAAAGUUUUUCUGGAGAAUCUGUUAAAUUUAAGAGAGUUGAAGCGCCCAUUAAUGAAAGCUAUCAGUUAUUCUUUCAAGUGCUUCCAGACCAAGAAAUAUAUGAUUUUACUUUGAAUGCUCGCAAUCCUCUCGGUCAAUCAGAAUCAACAAUUUUCAUCAAUGUGACUGAAAAAGUUUACCCUCGUACUCCUACCUCAGUCAGAGUGAAGGAUAUUAAUUCAACAGCUGUCACACUUUCCUGGCAUUUACCAGGCAACUUUGCAAAGAUUAAACUGUUAUGUCAAGUGGAAAUUAACAAAGCUAAUUCAGUACGGGAAUUGCGGACUGUCACAAUCAAAGGAGUAGACAAUUCAAAUUACCUCAUUGCUGUGGACAAGUUAAGUCCGUACACUGUGUAUGCUUUUCGGAUUCGUUGUUCUAGUGAAACUUUCUGGAAAUGGAGCAAGUGGAGCAAUGAAAAACAAUAUUUAACCACAGAAGCCAUUCCUUCCAAGGGACCGGACACUUGGAGAGAGUGGCGCUCUGACGGGAAGAAUUUAAUAAUAUAUUGGAAGCCUUUACCCGUUAAUGAAGCUAAUGGGAAAAUACUCUUCUAUAACGUAUCCUGUUCGUCGGAGGAGAAAACACAGUCCCUCUCGGAGAUCCCUGACCCUCAACACAAGGCAGAAAUACAACUGGACAGACAUGACUACAUCAUCAGUGUGGUGGCAAAAAACUCCGUGGGCUCAUCGCCGCCUUCCAGAAUAGCCAGCAUGGAAAUUCCGAACGAUGAUCUCAAAGUAGAGCAGACAGUGGGAAUGGGGAACGGGAUCCUCCUCACGUGGAACUACGACCCCAACAUGACCUGCGACUACGUCAUUAAGUGGUGCAACACAUCGCAGCCGCAGCCCUGCCUCAUGGACUGGAAGAAGGUCCCCGCCGACAGCACCGAGGCCGUCAUCGAGUCGGAUCAGUUUCGCCCAGGCGUGCGGUACCACUUCUUCCUGUACGGGUGCAGAAACCACGGCUACCAGUUGCUGCGCUCUGUGAUUGGAUAUGUAGAAGAAUUGGCUCCAACCGUUGCACCGAAUUUCACCGUGGAGGACACGUCUGCAGAUUCGAUCCUCGUGAAGUGGGAAGAUAUACCCGUGGAGGAGCUCAGAGGCUUCCUAAGAGGAUAUGUGUUUUACUUUGAAAAAGGAGAGAGAGACACCUCGAAGAUGAGAGGCUUGGAGUCGGGCCGUUCCGACGUGAAAGUUAAGAACAUCACCGACAUCUCCCAGAAGACCCUGCGGAUCGCUGACCUUCAAGGCAAAACCAGCUACCACCUGGUCCUGCGCGCCUACACGGACGGCGGCCUGGGCCCCGAGAAGGGCAUGUUCGUGGUGACCAAGGAGAACUCCGUGGGGCUAAUCAUCGCCAUCCUCAUCCCCGUGGCCGUGGCGGUCAUUGUCGGGGUGGUGACCAGUGUCCUUUGUUACCGGAAGCGAGAAUGGAUAAAAGAGACCUUCUACCCUGAUAUUCCUAAUCCCGAAAACUGUAAAGCAUUACAGUUUCAGAAGGCUGUCUGUGAGGGAAGCAGCGCCCUGAAAACAUUGGAAAUGAAUCCCUGUACCCCGAAUAGCGUCGAGGUUCUGGAAACUCGAACGGCAGUUCCUAAAAUAGAGGAUACAGAGAUCAUUUCUCCCGUGGCCGAGCGUCCCCCGGACGGCUCCGAGGCGGAGCCCGAAAGCCACCUGGCCGUGUCCUACUGUCCCCCCGUCAUCGAGGAAGAAAUACCGAACCCAGGAGCGGAGGAAGCCGGGGGCACUGCCCAGGUCGUGUACAUCGACGUGCAGUCCAUGUACCAGCCGCAGGCCAAGCCGGAGGCGGAGCAGGACGCGGACCCGGGGGCGGGGGGCGGCUACAAGCCCCAGAUGCACCUCCCCGUGACCGCUGCCGGGGACGAGGCCGCCGCAGAAGGGGACUUGGAGAAGACGGCGGGUUACAGGCCUCAGGCCAAUGUGAACGCCUGGACCUUGGUGUCCCCGGAUUCCCCCCGGUCCACGGACAGCAACAGCGACGUCGUGUCUUUCGGGAGCCCGUGCUCCAUCAACUCCCGACAGUUCCUGAUCCCCCCGAAGGACGAGGACUCUCCGCGAUCCAACGGAGGAGGAUGGUCCUUCACAAACUUUUUCCAGAACAAACCAAACGAUUAACAUGUCACUGCCGUCCGCCAUCUCAUAAGCUCUCAUGGCCGGUGCGGCCCCGUGGGCCCGGGCACCCCGGGGGGUCCUGUGAAGUGUUGUCAGCGAGGUGGGCCCCACCACGCGUGUCACACGGCAGUGUCCUCUGCUUUCCGUGUAAUCUACACGCCACGGCAGAGUCACGCAGAGACGCAGCCCAAGGUCUGGAGCUGUUUGUGAUUUGAGCCAAAGAAUUCUCCCUUUCUCUCCCUCCCAGAAGUAUUUCAAGCCGAACGCUGCCCGGUCCAUACGUGCAAAACAAGUCCCGCGGCCACCGCCCCCUGUUCUGCCGCCUGUGGUUUUCUCACGUGCACACUUGACGGAAUUGCACGCAGGUUUGCAGGCAAAGGGACGUCAGAGCCACAGAGGCCGUGGGUUUGCCUGACAUUCACUCCGUCCUGGAUGAAAACCAAGCACAGGUCUGAAAACCUUUAACACUUCUCCUCCGCUCUCCACAGCACUUACAGAAGUUAAUGUAAUUGUUUCAUGUAGCGACAGCUGGUUAGUGUUUUGAUCGAUCAGCGUGCUGAUCGCUGUGCCUACUGUAUAAUGGGUAUCAAUCACACAGUUUUCUCAGGGGUACAAACUUGGAACAGGAGCACGACACUGAGCAGCCCGAGUCAGAAUCGUCUUUCCUGCCUCUGGAGGGAUUCUCCAACCUCUCCGUUAUUUUUUUAACUUUUCUGCUAGCUCUUCAUAUCACACUUGAUUGCCUAGUAUUUAAAACUUAAAUUCCUAAGACGAGAUCUAAGUUGUUAUUGUUGUUUUAAUUUGGGUUAUUUUUUGUUCCACAGUGUCAGUUGCAUAAAUCUAUGAGCAAAUUCAAUAUUACCCAUAAACAUACGAUUGCGGUGAUUUUCUGUUUGAGACAACUUCUGCGCAGGGUCUCGCGGCAUUCGCUCUCUGUGCGGUUGUAAUGGCUUCGGGUUCUCCUGGGUCACCAGGCAGCAGCUGUGACACCUCGGAGCCGAUGUUCCUUCUGAUCACGCCUCUUAGCCGUUCCUCUCUCUUAUGUGAUCAUCAGUCCAGACUGUUCGAUCCAGGCCUCCAUUUUUAAAAAGAUAAACUAAAAAGAUCAUGCUUCUUACAGGGACAGUUACUCAAGGGCUCUCUUAGGUGAAAUGUCACAAGAUCCAUGUGAGUCGAUGGGCACCCCUGUGUUACAGCCGCGUGGCACGCUCCCCAGGGCAGCCUCUGCCCGUGGUGUUCACAGGUGAUGUCUGGAUUGGAUUUGGUUCUCAGAAAAGCAGAUGAAAAACUACAAAGUGUAUCUUAUUUUGUUCCUGCCCUCGGGUGGUCUAUGUAUUUUGUCUUUUGAUACUUAAGAGUAGUUAAAAUUUUGAAAUAUCUUAAGUCAAGAUAUGCCUGUUUUGUUUUUUCUCUCACCAGAGGUUCUGUAAUGUAUCUGUACAUAAUGCAUCAGUUUGGGGGUUUUCUAGCUCAUAAUGUAUCUUUAUAAAAACCAUGUUGUGGAAAAAAGCCACAGGGCGACAAAGGGCAAGAUCUGUGUAGGUGCUCUGUGUGUGAAUCCUGAUGUUAUCUGCUGGGAUUGAGCUUCCACGGUAUGUGGACAUUUGGAACAAAAUAGAAUUGUGUACAUAACACUAGAACAGGGGUCCUCAAACUUUUUAAACGGGGCCAGUUCACUGUCCCUCAGACCAUUGGAGGGCCGGACUAUAGUUUUAAAAAAAAAACUAUGAACAAAUUCCUAUGCACACAGCAGCGGCAAAAACACCCGGCAGGCCGGAUAAAUGUUUUCGGCGGGCCGCAUGUGGCCCGCGGGCCGUAGUUUGAGGACCCCUGCACUAGAAUAUUUAAACUAUGUAAUAGUUCAUAGAGUUUUCAUCAAUGAGACAGGUAUCAAAAUUAGAACAUCCCUAACAGAGUUAGCUUGGUUGGACUCCUGCCCUUAACGUUCACCGAGACAGACCUGCCCCCCCCCCCCCCCCCCAAAGCUCAUCAUCACAAUACUGCUUGUUCCCAACGGGAUCCUGCCUCAUCCCCCACAGAAACCCAUAGGCCCUUCCCUUCAUCUCUUUAAGUUGGAUCAGUGUUGUCUAAGGUGGGAGUUCAUUGGUCUAGAGCAGGGGUGGGCAAACUUUUUGACUCGAGGGCCACAAUGGGUUCUUAAACUGGACCGGAGGGCCGGAACAAAAGCAUGGAUGGAGUGUUUGUGUGAACUAAUACAUGUUAACACUGCUGCUGGUGAAGGAGCGGAGGGGAGAGCAAGAGAACCCUCUGCUCUUUUAGGCUCCGCGGGCCGGAUAGAACAGCCGAAUGGGCCAGAUCCGGCCCGCAGGCCGUAGUUUGCCCACGGCUGGUCUAGAGACUACACUAAACUGAGAUCAUGGGAAAAGAUCAGCAGAGAUUGUGUGAGCUCGGUCACUGAUACUGAUGUGUCUCAGCUGUGACCGUCUGGACUCAGUGCCCUUCUAACUAACGAUCCGUUUGUCUGGCUAAGGGUGACUAGCGCUGGGGCUCCCGCUUCCUUUCCCUCUGUCCACGAGCUGUGUCCACUGUGUUGUUGAAGAAUGCUGCCUACAGAACACACUUCGACAUCUCUCACAGCCAAGUUCAAGUCCAGCUUCCCUCACGAGGAAGGGAGACCCUGGUGGUCAUUGUGACGGGAUUUGUCUUGUGAGUGGCCCCCUUAAGUCAACACUACUCAAUAUAAAAACACUCUUAGAAGACUUAGGCUUUUAACAUUAGAUGGACCUUUUUUUUUUUAACAUGAUGUAGUGCAUGGAGUAGACCCAUGUAUAAGGGUUAAGUGUGUUGAGCUUGUAGAAGCCUGGGUUUGAGACUGUGGUCCUGAGACCCUGGAUCGUUGAGUUGGGUGUCUGUGAGCUCAGAUGACAGAGGUGCUGUGUGCCUGCAGCUCAGACCCGGAAGCAGACAUUCACAGAAAAGUUCAAGGGCAGAAGGGUCAGCCUCACUCUCCAUACCAGCAUUGCUUUCCCGGCUCAUGGAUCUGAGGAUUCCAUGGAGAAGAACAUGCAAUCCUAAACUUUUUCUGUGGCAAAAGCCACACUCUUAAAACUUGUAUUCUUGCAGAAUAUUUGUCCUAUAAUUUCUUAAUUGUCUUCAUACCAUCCAUAUUAAAGAACAUUACUGUCCUUUCUGUAUUUGAGUAAUUAGAUAUAGUUCAGUAAAGGAGACUAAGGAAUAUUUUCUCCCAAAAGGAAUUUGAAGUCAAUUUGAUGGUAUUUUGAAAUUAAAGUACUCCCUACCAUGUCAUUAUGCAGAAAAUGCUAUCAGAAUUUUCUACUGCUCAGGCACAUGAUCUGAGAAGACUUUUUGCUUAUGUAAAGUAAUUUUUGCUGUUUUCUGUUAAAGUCUAUGUCUUUUAUGAAAUCUUUUACUGUGAAAGUGUAAAAUUGGGCAUCUCAAGAGUAACAUGUGGGCUCAUUAGCUAACUUCAAAGACGAGGCACAUUGUGGAAGUUUUGUAAAUAAUUUUUCAUUGACUGAGUCCCAUCCCAGACUGUGCAGUUUCUAGAGUUUUCCUGAAGGGCAGCAUUAUAUCAAGGUGUAACGUGUAGAUCUGAGAUUCUUGGCUUGAAGAUUCAGUGCUUUAGACGUGGCUCCACAGUUUGACAACGUGGGAAAGACUCAGGCACACGUUCACCAGAUAGCUCAUUGACCCCUCAUCCUAAGUGUUCCCAGUUCCUUUGUAUCUGAUGGGUAUGCGACUUGGGACGUGUUUGUACCCACCAGCAUGUGUUCCAGCAAACCAACAAUACACUGACGUGCAGCUUAAUUGAUUAAAUAAGCACUCAUUCUGUUGAUAAACUAUUUCUUUGCAGCAUUUAUUUUAAACUGGUAUUUUCUGCUGAAACAAAAGUUUCUUUGGCACCAUGCCCAUCUUUUUAAAGAACAUUUUUCACACAAGGAUUUGUGUCCACCCUCACUAGAAAUGCAUCUUUUAGACAUGACCUUAGAAUAUCAUUGAAAAGUACUUGGUUUGAUGUUAGUCUGUUUCUAUUUUCAUGGAUUGCGUGCCCAGGGGAUUAUCGGUGCCAGUAUGAGGAAUAAGAACAACAACCCGUAUGUCAGGCUUUAUGGUGUGUGAUAAAACUUUAGGGGAUGUGGUUUGAUCUAGAAUAUAUCCAAAUCCAUUUAAUGAUGAUACAGAGUUAGGACAGGAUUCUGUUCUUUUUAACCUUAAGUAGUGCUUGUUCCUCCCUGUAUGAAGAAUGUUAAUAUCUUGGAUUAUAAGUGUCCUGGUUAUAAAGAGUUUACCUAUGCAAGACAAAUUCUAACGGUGCAACACUUUAAUGGAAAUUAAAAGUAGUGUUUUAAGAAGGAACCCCUCUGAAUGUUUUUAUGUGCAAGUGCCUAGCUGAAGAACCAUAGAAACAAAAAAUUUAAAAGCUCUUAAGUAACUGUAACUGAUGGAAUAUUAACCAAUUACAAAGCAGUAGUAACUUACAUUACUUUUUGGUUGCUAUAACUCAAUACAGUAAAAACUAAGAGAUGUGAAUGGAAAAAUUAAUAUUUAAUUGAUAGGGGAAUUGAUUUUAUUACACUUGUAUAUUUAUCUCCUAAGAUUGCCUUUGCAGUAGCCAAUCAGAACUUUUACAAAUAAAAAUAACCACAUAGACCUUAUGCUGCUGCACUUAAGCAAAAAAUACUUUUACACCUGAUUGAAUUGCUCACUUAAAAUUAUUGAAUUCCUUAUAUACAUUUAUUCUUCCCCUUUAUUUUAUUAUGCUAUUUCCAUCACCAUUUAUCCCCCCCAUAUACCCUCUUGGACCUCCCUUAUAUACAUUUAAAAUGUACUUCCCUGUAUAAUUACUCCCUCUUAAAUGGUUAACUUUCAGUUUCUGAACUAACUAUUUUUCCUAAGCAUUCCAGGGAUGUAUUAUAAAAAACACACAAAAGAUUUGUGCGUGGUAAUACAAUUUUUGGUUUAAAUGUGAACAAGUUAGUGUUUAGGUUUGACUUUAGUAUUGUGACAUGUGCAACUGAUCAUAAAAAACAAUACUGAAUAAUUUUCAUAAAUUUUUUUCAAAUAGUCUGCCCCCAGUUUAAUUCCAACUACUCUUCUCCAUUACUUACGGUAUAUCCUCCUAUUUAGUUUUUUCCCCCUACAUAAUGUUUAGGAAAAGUGUGGACACAUUAUGAGUAAAAGGCAACACACAAAAAGAAAUCUUACUCCAUUUAUUGUUGUGGAAAGGUGGGUAGGGUAUGAUGCCUGAGAAUUGUUUUUAUCACAUUAUUUUCCCCAAAAAAGAACAUGGCCUUUAAAAAAAACAUUUCAAUUUAGAAUCGCUUGAAAAGAUUGGCCUGGGUAGAGAGAGAUCCCAGAUUUGAGAUGGUACCAUAGGAAUGUUGUUACUUUUUAUUCUCUUUCAUUAGCUGGCCAUAAGUUCUGAAAGUGCUAGGAAAUCGCCAUUUCUACUUUCAAAAUCGCAUUAUAGUGAAUGACUGUUUACAAAAUACACAUACUGUGAACAGAUAUAAGUUUUUGUUUUUUAUAAGGUUCUUUGUAGAAUGAGUGUUUUUUCAAAAGGGAUGUAUGUUAAAUAUCUUCUUUUUUUUUUUAUAAAUACUAGCAGCUGUUUACUAAUUUUUGUUCAGUCAGGUGUGUGCAAAUGUAGCUGAAAGAGGGAGAGGCUGCAAAUCUAAACCUGUUCCCUUCUUCAUUUCUUGAAAUGUUACCACUACCGACCUUUUGUUUCUCUCUCUCUCUCUCUCUUUUUUUUACCUGAAUGAUCAGUCAUGAUGUUCUGUAUCUAAGAUCAUGCUUAGUCAUAUAAGGAGAAACAUUUACAUACGUAUACAGGAAGCAAACUGCAGGUUGUAGGACAUUUGUGUGACUCACUCAAACUCGCAAAAUCCUGAGUUCAAUGUGGAAUAAAACAACUCCACUUACAAAGGUAACAAGUAUUUUCUGCCUUGUGAUAAUUUGGAGAUUAUGUGGUGUUAGAAUGGAAAAAUUUGGUCAUUUUAUAUUGUAUAAUUUCAGAAUUUAGUUUCCAUAUGUUUUGGAGAACAUGGUUAUAGCAAGAACAUAGAAUAUAAGUAACCUAUUACUAAGAGACCUUAAAUGUAAAACUAGUACGCUUGGCUGUUAACUCUUAAAGAUGUUACUUAUGUCUGUUUUUAAAACAUGCAUGUAUUUAACAAUUUUAUCAUAGUAUUGUCAUGGAAAAAAUAAAUAUAUUUUCUUACAACUUA